AUGUGUUCAAUUAGCGAAGUGGUUCUCAACCACAGUUUCCACACUCAACGCCUAACAUUUGAAAAACUAUUUGGUCAGAUUUCAGCACUGCUUAAUCAUGCUGACAACUGCUAUUCCUUCAGCGGAAUGGCGAUAUUGGUGGGCAACAACACCAAUGAAGAUCACUCGCUUGCUCGUGCACACAUGACACCCAAGCUAUCUCAUUUUGCAGAGGCCUGCUGUAUGGCAGAUUCUAUGGAUGCUCUUUUAGGGCAUGCCCGAUCGCUUGCUCACUACGAGACGCAUCGUCAGGUUGUCAAGGACGAUGCCUUGGGCACUUUGCAGCAGCUGGGAUAUAAUAUCUCAAAUGAGAUGCUAGCGACAUUCUGUCAAGGCACGGCACCAUCGCUGCAAUCCAUGACUGUCACAGUUACUCCAUCUUCCCACCGACAACCUUCAACCGGUGCACAGGUUGUCCAACCUAAGUCACUACAACCCAGUGAAACAGAGCUCAUGAAAUCAGCAAGAAAGGCAGUACUCCUGCGUGCGGCUGAAUGCAGCAUGUUGCUAUCCAAGUUGCAGUGGAAAACAUUGGAUGCUGUUCUAUUGGACCAAGGAUACCAGAUCAUCAACUAUCCGGUUGGUGUCACCCUUCCAUGGGAUAUAUCUACUCCCCUUGCAACCAAAGGAAUCAGCAGCAGCCACCACCUUCAGUUCCGUAAAAGCAGUGCUUUAGAGCUCUCAAAUAACAAAGUGCCACUCCUCGUGUUUUCACCAGAUACUAGUGGCAACACCAAAGAUGUCUUUGCCUCAUCUCUGGCCCAGAAGGUGUUGACACAGUCCCGAAGGCAAGGAAAGGAGAAGAUGUCCAACAUUGAGGACAUAUACGAAGAAGACAACAAUGAGCUCGCAGAGGAAACGCCAACUGUACACCGCUCUCAAGCUUCCCGUGCUAAAUCGCAACCACCUCAGCUGUCCCGGAAGAACCAGAAGCCAUUGAUGUGGACAUGGUCAAAGGGAAAGGAUGUUUCCGACAUUGACAGCUCAUAUGAAGAAGACAAUGACGAGCUUGAAGAGGAAACCCCAACUGUACCAGCCGCUCGCGCUGCUCGUGCCAAAUCACAACCACCCCGAUUUGCCGCUGCUCCCAAAUUCUCCCGUGCAAUGUCUCAACCCCCCGCCGUUGAAACUUGCCCUUGCACUUCAACAAUUCCGUCUUCUGUCUCAAAGUCUUCAGUUACCAAAAGGGUCACCUGGGAUCUCAGUAAUGCACCCAAGGCACAGGGUAAUGGCCGCGAUGUUGUAGAGUCUGUAUCCGCUGUCAAUGCAAAGGGAUUUAACUUCACGUCAGAGGAAAGCGUUGCUCGUCUGAGAAAUAAUGGAGGUGGGGGGAACCCAUCUAUCUCAAUGCAAGACCUUGUUGGAAGCACAAGCACGCCCACAGCAAUCAAGCACUCAUCAUCUACACCUCCACCUGGCAACUACAAUGGUCAUUUACCGUCAAAAGAGCCCCGACACUGUAUGCCGGAUCCCCCUACUAAUCCUACGGGCCCGCGUUCUUCUCAUCCACUCCCUCAAUUCCCUGCAUUCGGGACAGGAACCGUCACCGUCGCUGCCUCCACCUCCUCCCUCAACCAUUCAACCCUCCCCAAUAAUACCACUGCAGCCCCUGUUCAACAGACCGUACCAACAUCUCAGGCUACUCCAACAACUGUAGCUCCUCCACACCCGUACUGGCAGCAAUCUCCCCACGCCAUGCCCUCCACAAUGCAUCAUUGGCCAUCUGGAACUCUUCCUCAACAUGCCGGAUAUCCUUCUAUGUCCACACCAACUCCACAGCAGUCUUCAAUCUCCCCCGAGUACUUACAGCAACUUGUUGCGCUUGCAUCCUCUGGAUUGAUCUCUCCCGAGCAGUUCCAGCAACUCUUCACGCUUGCAACCUCCGGACCUCAUAUUCAACAACAAUCUCUACGUUUUGGGAGUCAGUAUCAGCCACACCCAACUAUGUCAAACUCUGGAGCAGUGGCCUACCUCAGCUCAUCAUCUGACGCAAGUGGAAGUAAUGUCACUGCCCAUUCUGCAAUGACUAACACGCAGGGGCAGGAGCAGCUGGGUAGUACACUGAAGUAG